UUUUUUUUUUGUAAAUGUAGAUGCGUACCAUAUUUGCCUAAUGAGAAGGUCUAGUUUUGUGCAAGAAUAAUUUUUUAAUGUCUGCCCCAAGGCGAUGUAAACUAUUUUCCGUUGGUUUAUGCUCGAAUGAAUUUUCUUUGGGAAAAGAGAAGAUAAUAAUUGUUUUUGAAUCUUCUGCGAGGUUGAUUCUACGACUACAAUUAAUCAUCAAUAUAUAUAUGUUACUAAACUUCUAUAUUCUAUAACUCAAUUAUAUAUCGAACUUAAAAAAUUAUUUUCUAUAUGUAUGACUUUAUAAUUCAAUUUAGGAUGAUAAAGAAGCACAGAGUAUUUGUGAACGUAUAACACCACGUCUUGCUCAUGCAAAUGCUGCUGUUGUUCUAUCAGCUGUUAAAGUUCUAAUGAAAUUUCUCGAAUUAAUUGAUCAACAUAGUGAAUUUGUUCAAAAUUUACAUCGUAAAUUAGCUCCACCAUUAGUUACACUUUUAUCGGCUGAACCUGAAAUUCAAUAUGUUGCAUUACGUAAUAUAAAUUUAAUCGUACAAAAACGUCCGGAUAUAUUAAAAAAUGAAAUGAAAGUUUUUUUUGUUAAAUAUAAUGAUCCAAUAUAUGUUAAACUUGAAAAACUUGAUAUUAUGAUACGUUUAACAAAUGCAACAAAUAUUGCACAAGUCUUAGCUGAAUUAAAAGAAUAUGCUACUGAAGUCGAUGUAGAUUUUGUUCGUAAAUCAGUUCGAGCUAUUGGUCGUUGCGCAAUUAAAGUUGAACAAGCAGCUGAAAGAUGUGUUAGUACAUUAAUUGAUUUAAUUCAAACAAAAGUUAAUUAUGUUGUACAAGAAGCUAUUGUUGUUAUUAAAGAUAUUUUUCGUAAAUAUCCAAAUAAAUAUGAAAGUAUCAUUGCAACAUUAUGUGAAAAUUUAGAUUCACUUGAUGAACCUGAAGCACGUGCUUCAAUGAUUUGGAUUAUUGGUGAAUAUGCUGAACGUAUUGAUAAUGCUGAUGAAUUACUUGAAGGUUUUCUUGAUGGUUUUAAAGAUGAAAAUAGUCAAGUACAAUUACAAUUAUUAACAGCAAUUGUUAAAUUAUUUCUUAAAAAACCAACUGAAACUCCACAAGAAUUAGUUACACGAGUUUUAACACUUGUUACACAAGAAACAGAUAAUCCGGAUUUACGUGAUCGUGGUUAUAUUUAUUGGCGUCUUUUAUCAACUGAUCCAAAAGCAGCGAAAGAAGUUGUUCUAGCUGAAAAACCACUGAUUUCGGAAGAAACUGAUUUACUUGAACCAACAUUACUUGAUGAACUUAUUUG